ACUUUUUUUACUUUCUCUCUCAUUCUCAAAUCUCACCACAUGUCAUGUUUUUUUGUCUUUGAUAUUGUCUCUUUUCUUGUUAUUUUUAUUAAAGAACCAUCAUCACACUAAAGCUGGAUUAGAUAGAGCUCCAAUGGGGUGUGCACCCAGUAAAUCUUCAACUAAUUCCCCCUCUAAUCAAUUAAACAACCUCAAAAUGGCAAAUGGGUACGUCUCAAAUGGAGAACUUGUUGGUCAUAGAAGAUCCACAGGCCAGAGGUUGAAUAAAUCAGACCCACCUCCCAAUAACUUCAGUGGUGGCGGAGACAGGAAGUUGAGUGAUCAAACUGCAGAUAAAGAUGGCAUAUUUGGCGGCGGACGCGGCGGAAGGGGAAGAACUUUACUUGUUGAUGAAAGUGAUGAGGUGGUUGAUGGGUGGCCUAAGUGGCUUACUGAUAAUGUUCCAAGAGAAGUAUUGGCUGGUGUCAUUCAAAAAAGUGCAGAGAAUUACGAUAAGAUUGAUAAAGUAGGUCAGGGUACAUAUAGCAAUGUGUAUAAAGCUAGAGAUAGAGACACAGGAAAAGUUGUUGCUUUGAAGAAGGUUAAAUUUGACACUUCAGAACCUGAAAGUGUCAAAUUUAUGGCCCGAGAGAUAAUGAUGUUACAGAAGCUGGAUCAUCCAAAUGUGGUCAAGCUUGAAGGAAUAGCCACGUCCAGAAUGCAGUACAGUUUGUAUCUUGUUUUCGAGUUUAUGCAGUCCGAUUUGGCAACCAUCAUUACCCGUCCUGAAGGAAGCCUAACGGAACCACAGGUCAAGUUGUACAUGCAGCAGCUGCUUUCAGGACUGCAUCAUUGCCACGAAAGGGGAAUUCUGCAUAGAGAUAUAAAAGGGUCUAAUUUGUUAAUUGAUAAAAAUGGAAUGUUAAAGAUUGCUGAUUUUGGGCUUGCAAAUUGUUACUCUUCGGAUCAUAAUAAGCGUCCUCUUACAAGCCGAGUUGUCACACUGUGGUAUAGAGCUCCUGAGCUGUUGCUGGGUUCUACAGAUUAUGGAGUAGGUAUUGAUCUUUGGAGUGUUGGAUGCCUCUUGGCUGAGAUGUUUGCUGGCAGGCCGAUCAUGCCUGGACGAACUGAGGUUGAGCAGUUACACAGGAUUUUCAAGCUAUGUGGUACACCAUCUGAAAACUAUUGGAAAAAGCUGAGACUGUCUACAACUUUCCGACCACCAAAAUCUUACAAGCCGAGUCUUUUUGAAGCUUUUGGAGAGUUCCCUGAAUCAUCAUUAGGUCUACUGAGCACUCUUCUCGCUCUAGAUCCUGCAUACCGCGGUUCUGCAGCUUCAGCUCUGCAGAACGAUUUCUUUUGUACAAACCCUUUAGCAUGCGAUCUAUCAGGCCUGCCUGUAUUUUGGCGAGAGGAAGAUGAACUUGCUCAAGCUAAUGAGCUGAAAAAAUUGAGGAAUUCUAAAAUGAAACGAAGGUCUCGAACAUAUCGCGAGCAAAGAAGAAAUGAUUUUAUACCUGAAAGACCAAAAGAAAAUUCUACACUUCCUAAACAAGAUCCUGCACAUUCUAUAGAGGAGGCAGAGAGUUCAGCUUUCUUGAUGUCUCCACAAAAUUCAAGUUCUAAUAAGCAGAAGGUGAACUCAAGAACACAAGGGCUGCCUCCAUUACCAGCAGCAUAUAAAUUGAGCAAUUAUAAUGAGGGCAAAUACAGGUUAAAUCAAGUGAAUAGAUCUGCUUCCACUAGAGAAUUCAGAAAAUUAAACCAAAGAAAACAUAUAGAAAUCUUUGCCGUGGAUAACUAAUUCAUGGUUUGUUAUCAUUUAAUUAUUUUCAGUUUUGUUUUCUCCUAUUGUUAACACUCGAGAAAAUUAAUAAAUAUAGUAUAUCAUUGCAUCAA